AUGAUGUCCCUGCUGACUGGAGAGGUUCCUGUGAGGUGUGAUGAUGUCACUGUCUAUUUCUCCAUGGAGGAGUGGGAGUAUUUAGAAGGACACAAGGAGCUUUACAGGGACGUGAUGAUGGAGACCCACCAGCCCCGCGGCUCUCCGGGUAAGAGGUUUAAUCCCUGCGACGCGUCCGAGGUCAGAGAUCGAGCCCCUAAUUCUCCGCUGGACUGUAAGACGUCUCAUUUUAUUAAGGAGGAAUCCGCCUCAUGUGAAGAGACAGACAUUUGUGACCCGGCGGAGUCUCCACAGACAGAGCUCACAUCGACUCGUAAUGAGGACGGAUCCCCCUCAGAUGAAGACGGAAAUGUCUCAGCCCCCGAUACACACACAGAGCACGACGGGGGGGAUAACACGUCUGUCCACGUAAAGGAGGAAUCCGCUUCCAAUGAAGAUUGUUGGAUCCCAACCGAACACAAGGGAUCUACUUCUACUGAUAAAACCCAAACCAGUAACACACAUUUUCAGUGUGAAACACCCCCCGAUGAGGGUACAUAUAGCUGCCCCGAGUGUCAGGAACGGUUUACCAGUGACUCUGAUCUUCUUCAGCAUCAGAACAUCCAUAAAAUAACGGUGGUCUCCUCUCGGGCCUCAGGGAAAACUUCUUAUUUUAAUCCUAUGCCCAUUAAGCAUCCACCUAUUCACAUCGGGGAGAAGUCUCAUUCCUGUCCCAAGUGUAGGAAAUGUUUCAACACUAACUUGCAGCUUGUUCAGCAUCUUAGAAUUCAUGUAGCAGAGAAGCCUUAUACCUGUGUUGUGUGUGGGAAAUUCUUUAAUUCUAGCUUGAACCUUGAUCAACAUCUCAUAAAUCACAUGCGCGUGAAACCUUAUUCCUGUACAGAGUGUGGGAAAUGUUUCACCAGUAACUGGAACCUCGUGCAGCACCUCAGAAUUCACACCGGCGAGAAGCCUUAUUCCUGUUACGAGUGCGGGAAACGUUUUACCGUGAACUCAAACCUCGUAAGACAUUUCAGAAUUCACACCCACGGGAAGCCUUAUCCCUGUCCGGAGUGCGGGAAAUUAUUUAACUGUAACCCACAGCUUGUUCAGCAUCUCAGAACUCACACUGGGGAGAAGCUGAAAGAGUCCGGUUUAGGACUGAACAUGGACAAGGAUCCGGUGGCUGAGAAGAUCUUGAGCCUCACCCUGGAGAUCAUCUCCCUGCUGAGCGGAGAGGAUUAUAUGAUUGUGAGGAAGCCCCGUGACUGCGUCCCACCCAGCGACGGCCCCCGUGUGUCAGACGGACCCCCUGGGACCCGGAGCCCCAGCCCGGUGCCUCCACCUCACUCGCUGACCCUCGAGAGGAACCGCGAGCAGAAGAUCCUGGAACUGACCAACAAGAUGAUGUCCCUGCUGACUGGAGAGGUUCCUGUAAGGUGUGAUGAUGUCACCGUCUAUUUCUCCAUGGAGGAGUGGGAGUAUUUAGAAGGACACAAGGAGCUUUACAGGGACGUGAUGAUGGAGACCCACCAGCCCCGCGGCUCUGCGGACGCGUCCGAGGUCAGAGAUCGAGCCCCUAAUUCUCCGCUGGACUGUAAGACGUCUCAUUUUAUUAAGGAGGAAUCCGCCUCAUGUGAAGAGACAGACAUUUGUGACCCGGCGGAGUCUCCACAGACAGAGCUCACAUCGACUCGUAAUGAGGACGGAUCCCCCUCGGAUGAAGACGGAAAUGUCUCAGCCCCCGAUACACACACAGAGCACGACGGGGGGGAUAAUACGUCUGUCCACGUAAAGGAGGAAUCCGCCUCCAAUGAAGAUUAUUGGAUCCCAACCGAACACAAGGGAUCUACUUCUACUGAUAAAACCCAAACCAGUAACACACAUUUUCAGUGUGAAACACCCCCCGAUGAGGGUACAUAUAGCUGCCCCGAGUGUCAGGAACGGUUUACCAGUGACUCUGAUCUUCUACAUCAGACCAUCCAUAAUAGAUCGGCGGCCUCCUCUCUGGCCUCAAGGAAAAGUUUUCGAUCUAAAUCUAAGCGCAUGAGGCAUCAGCGUAUUCACAAAGGUGAGAAGCCUUAUUCAUGUUCCGAGUGCGGGAAAUGUUUCACUAGCAACUCACAGCUUACUCGACAUGUGAAAAUUCACACCGGGGAGAAGCCUUUUUUGUGUUCUGAGUGUGGAAAAUGUUUUAACAGGAACUCAAACCUUCUAAAACAUCUAAUUAUUCACACCGGGGAGAAGCCUUAUUCCUGCUCGGAGUGCGGGAAAUGUUUUAACACAAACUCAAACCUUGUAAAACAUCUCAGAAUUCACACCGGGGAGAAGCCUUAUUCCUGUUCUGAAUGUGGGAAAUGUUUUAACCAGAACUGGAACCUUGUUCAGCAUCUCAGAAUUCACGCUCAGGAGAAGCCUUAUUCCUGUCCCAAGUGUGGGAAGUGUUUUGCUGUUACCUCACACCUUGUUCAGCAUCUCAGAACACACACCGGGGAGAAGCCUUAUUCCUGUUCCAAGUGCGGGAAACGUUUUAACAGGAACGCAAUCCUUGUUCGACAUCUCAAAAUUCACACUGGGGUGAAGCCAUAAGACUGUAUGGACUGCGGCAAAUGUUUCAACACAAAAUCCCAUCUGAUUAGGCACCACAUCACACCCAGGGCAGAAACUCCAUGUGUUAUAAGGGCUGAUAUGUGUUACCCAACAAUAGCUAAGUCAUGUUCUUGUAUCAUCUACUUAACA